CACUGAGCCAGCCUCCGACCAGACUACGCUGUUCCUGCUUGCUGUGUGUGUUUUUUUUUUCCCUAAGGUUAGGAAGCAAGAUUACGCACAAGGACAGCAAAUAAACAGAACCAAAACAAAGCGCGACGUCUUUCACCGUGGGGGAUUCCGUGUUUCGUGAAGGAGAACCUCUGGCACGCACCGAUUCGCGUGAAAGGAGUGCAAAACAGAUAGCAGGAUGUCAGCCAGAGGAGGAAAGAAGAAGGCCACCAAGCUGUCUCGCUCAGCCAGGGCGGGUGUCAUCUUCCCCGUUGGGAGGAUGAUGAGAUACCUGCGCAUUGGCACGCACAAAUACCGCAUCGGUAUGGGGGCUCCUGUCUACAUGGCAGCAGUCAUAGAGUACCUGGCAGCUGAGAUCUUGGAGUUGGCAGGAAACGCUGCACGGGACAACAAGAAAGGCAGAAUAACUCCCAGGCACAUCAAGCUAGCUGUGGCCAAUGACGAGGAGCUCAACCAGCUCCUGCGUGGGGUCACCAUAUCGAAUGGUGGGGUUCUGCCUCGGAUCCACCCAGAGCUGCUGUCCAAGAAGAGGGGGAGCCGGGUGAAAGUGGACAGCCAGGCAUCCGUCCCAGAGAAAGAGGAACGCUCAAAGAGCAAGAAACCCGUCAAAGUCUUCAAAAAGGUUAAAGGAAAAAGAGGGCGAAAGCCAAAGAACGCAGAGAGCGAGUCUGUACCAAACUCCACAGUAGAAGACGGUCCAGGAGAAGGAUUCACCAUCCUGUCAGCAAAGAGCCUCUUCCUUGGACAGAAGCUUUCACUAACGGAGAGUGAAAUCGGCAAAAUUGGAACGAUCAAGGUAGAGGGGAUAAUUAACCCAACAAAUGCAGAAAUGGACCUCAAAGACGGAGUGGGCAACGCCUUGGAGAAAGUAGGAGGCCGAGAGUUCCAGGAUACAGUCAAGGAGCUACGAAAAGCACAAGGACCUUUGGAGGUGGCAUCAGUGGCCGUAAGUCAGGCCAGUGGGAUGGCAGCUCGCUUCGUCAUCCACUGUAACGUCCCUCAGUGGGGUUCAGAGAAGUGCGAGGACCAGCUGGAGAAGACGGUGGAGAACUGCCUCUCUGCAGCAGAGGAGAAGAAGCUCAAGUCCGUGGCUUUCCCUUCACUUCCUGCUGGACGGAACGGUUUCCCAAAGCAAACAGCCGCCCAGCUCAUCCUCAAGGCCAUCUCCAACCAUUUUGUGUCGUCCACCAGCUCCUCUCUGAAGAACAUUUACUUUGUGUUGUUUGACAGUGAGAGCAUUGGGAUUUACCUUCAGGAAAUGGCCAAGCUGGACACCAAGUGAGGACCCUGCUGAAGGAGUUUGUUUUUCUAACUGUUGUUUGUCGCCGCUGGUAUAGAUAGGUGGUUUGACAGUAGGGGUUUUUCAUGUGGAAUCUGUCUUUGGUUUAAGAGGAAAAAAGAUAUUUGUGAGUGGAGUGCUCUUCACAUUUAUGUUUCAUUGUUCCUUCAAAAUGUUAUAAUUCUUUUUAGAUUAGAUAAUUUAAAUCUGAAGUUUAUGGGUCCUCGUUUCAUUGAUGUUUUUACAUUCCAUGUACAAUUCUAACAGUUUUCUUUUUCCUGCCUCUGUAGUUUCUGAUACAGUUAGUUUACUAAAGAUCUGUGGUUCUCAUUCUGCUUUGAAAUAAAAACUCGGAUGUUUUACACCAA